GAGACAGAGAUAUAUAUUAGCCCAUUGGUUUUAUUAUUUUUAAAUUUAUUUUUCCUUCAGUUUCUCUCACUUUCUUUUGCACAUAGGACGAUUAUGAACAACUUGUUUUAGUUGUUACCUUUCACAUUUGGUGAUCGAUCCAGAAAAACUGUAUGGACAGAGAAAUGGACUCUUCAAAGAAUCUAACUUCACUUCCCGAAGAGGUCUUAGAAGGCGAGAAACAACAAGAAGAGGAAAGCCAAAAGCCAUUUGUCUCCGCUUUUGAUGCUGUUCCUCAUCGCCCUCCUCCUCCUGCUCAGAGUUCUUUACAGAAGUACUCUCCUUUGGACUGGAAGGAGUUCUUUGAUCGAGAACAAGAUGUUUCAAUUCCAAAUAAAAAUGAUGUAUUUCAUGUGUAUAUGGCAGGAACUGAAGGACCAGUUGUUUUCUGUCUUCAUGGAGGUGGCUAUUCUGGGCUUUCGUUUGCACUGUCAGCAAGUAAAAUCAAGGAGAAAGUCCGUGUAGUUUCCCUUGACCUGAGAGGACAUGGGAAAACAUCCACAGAAAAUGAUCUUGACCUAUCUAUUGAGACAAUGUGCAAUGAUGUUUUAGCAGUAUUGAAGGAAAUGUAUGGAGAUUCUCCUCCCGCGAUUGUGCUAGUUGGCCACAGCAUGGGGGGCUCAGUUGCAGUGCAUGUUGCUGCUAGGAAAGUGUUACCCAGCUUGCAUGGGCUCGUUGUUGUUGAUGUUGUAGAGGGAACUGCUAUGGCAUCUUUGGUUCACAUGCAGAAAAUCUUAUCAAACCGGAUGCAACAUUUCUCCAGCAUAGAAAAAGCGAUAGAAUGGAGUGUCAAGGGGGGUGUUUUGAGAAACAUAGAUUCUGCCCGUAUAUCUGUGCCCACCACUUUAAAGUAUGAUGAUUCAAAGAAAUGUUAUGUUUAUCGAUCACGUCUAGAGGAAACAGAACAAUAUUGGAGAGGAUGGUAUGAAGGCCUUUCAGAAAAAUUUCUGUCAUGUCCUGUUCCAAAGCUCUUGCUUUUAGCAGGAACGGAUAGACUGGACAGAACUCUUACAAUUGGCCAAAUGCAAGGGAAGUUCCAAAUGGUAGUUGUCAGACACACUGGGCAUGCUAUACAGGAAGAUGUACCUGAUGAAUUUGCAGCAUUGGUACUCAAUUUUAUAUCUCGCAACCGUAUAGGCCCUCAUGGAGUCGAGAUACCUGGACUCCUACGGCCAUCACAGCCACAGCAUUGAAUCAUGUUGGAUAAAUUAGUUGACAGCACUCUGUUGUGGAGAAUUUAUGGAUUUGUGAAUCAUAUGUUGGAUAAAAAAGGGCGACCGGUGAAAUCAUAUAUUGGAUAUUAGUAAAUACGUUUAGAGGUUUUCCUUUGUGAAAUCUUGCUAAUUCCUGAAUUAACUUAGGCUUGUAGAUUUUGAAGUGAUAUUACAAGCAAUUAUAUAAUUACAAUGAUGUGUUUGUCAGAAUCUGCUCUGGUUGAAUAUCGAAUUGGUUAGCCUUUUUUUUCUAGGU